GACAAAAAGCAAUACAUAGAUAGAGUGCCACCAGAGGAAUUGUAUGAAAAAGGUGAUUUAUAUACAAAACAUUCGGUUGACUUAAGUAUAAUAGGUAAGAAGAUGGGAUUAGACGAACUGCCAUAUUGGACGCCGACCAAUACGAAAGAAGUAGAAAUAGCGAAUCAAGAAGGGCAUAAAUUAAAACCUAAAAGUAUUAUUGAAACUGUUACUGGAAGAACUCUUCAAGCUUUAGUUGGAGCCAUAUAUCACGAUCAGGGUGAUUUUGCCGCAAGAGAAUUUGUCGAUAAAUACAUCUUGACAACUCCUAUAACUUCGUCUAAAAAAUAA